AUGUCGCAACACAAAUCCAAGUUGGGAAAGGCCAUUAACAAGACCUUGAGAAGGGAAGAAAAAGAAAUUUCAGGUGGUAAAAAGCCUGAAACUGACCAACCUGAAACUGAAAUGUCCGGUUCCAUUAUUGGUUCGAAAAAUGUCGAACAUUUAUACAGAGAUUCUUCGCCUCAAUCUCAAUCGGAGGACACGUCCCUAAUCUACUACUUCACUGAAGAUGGCGAAGCUAAAGCUAGAGCGGAGAACGCCUUCACUGUCUUCAACAAUGAUGAGCAGAAACAUGCCUACCAAAACUUAGUCUUGGCUUCUUGUAUGUGUCUCGUAAUUUCUCGUAAUAUGUUUGUUCGUUUAUACUAA